AUAGUCACGACUCGCGCACCGUUCGAAACGUUCGACCCGUCGAGUGGAGAAACGAAAUCGCUAUCGUUACAGAAACGGUUUUAUUUUUUUUUUUUAUUUCUCUCUGAUAUAAACGCGCGCGCCGCUUACAUAUAUAUACCCGUCCCGUCGUGCGUUCUUAUCCGAAAUCGAAUUCCCGCCAGUUGCCGACAGACGUGCGUACCGGUAACACUCCCGACGUUGUGUGCGAAUUGAUUGAUAAUAAAAUAAAAUAUUGUUGUAAAAAUUACAAACACCUAACAAUAAUUUAUUAUUAACCGCAUCGAAUUGACAUAAAUAUUUUACGGAAAGUGAACGUAAUAUACGGAAAAAAAAAAACAACGAUAUUUAAUAAAAAAAAAAAAAACAAUAUUGUUGAUUGUUAUUAUUAUUUUUUUUUUUAAAUACGACUGCCGACGAAAGUUUAUAACGGAAACAAAAACAAAAAAAAAUCCGAAUAUUCGUAAAACAUAAUAUACCCGUUGUUUUACAUUUCUCGGUAGAUUUUUUAUAACCGAAUUUUUUGAAAAAAAAAAAUUCGAUACUAUGGCUUUCAUGAUGCCGGUCAUGAAAAAAGAUUACAACAUUUACAAAUCGAACCGGAACAGACGCGUGUCCGAGUGUUCCAACGACAAGGCGUCGGCCUCGUCCAAUUCCUCGUGCGGCACCAGGCGGAUCCACAGCGGUUCCCGGUCGGCGGACGGCCCGUCGCUGUCCACGUCGCCCGGUAGCGACUUCAUGGUCGGCUCGCCCGCGCACCGGUCGCUCGGCGGCAUGUCCAAGCAGACCACUUUCCACCACGGGAGCCUGCAGCACCACCACCUGCAGCAGCACCACGGCGUGCCGUCCAGAAACUCGUCGCGGAACUCGCAGUCCAGCCUGCAGAGCCCGGCCAAGUCCUCGUCGUCGUCGUCGUCGCCGCCCAAGCUGUCGUCCACGUCGUCGCUGAACAUGUUCCACUCGAAGCUCGUCGACAAGCUCAGGCGGUCGCUGACGUCAAAGUCCAAAGACAGUAAGUCUGGCACGGUGGUGACACCCAUUAUUAUUUUCGUCCGCCCAAGGUAGGCAGGCGACGGAAACGUAACUCUCAACGGCCGGUUUCUCCACCCCCCUCCCCUCCCCCACCCGCGUCUCGAUAGUGAAGACGAUGAUAGUAACGAAUAUUAUCACGACAUAUUCUAUUUCUGGCACGGACGCUAUUUCGAUACCGUGCCUGCCCCGCGGGAUCGGUCCGAUACCGUUACGCGCCGUUCAAAUUGAUAUUGUCGUUAUCGACACGUGGCGAUGUUAUUAAACGCACCUGACGUCCGCGUUAGGUGUAACGUUUGUCCAGCUCGGCGAACAGCAACGUAAUUGCGUUCCGUGUUCGUUGUGCCGGCCGUUUGACCCGAAUUCCAUUGUGCCUGUUCAUCUUGUUCCGCGCGACCCGUAUUAACCGCGGGUACCCACUGGCGGCGCGUACGACGAAAAUUAAUCAUUUAACCUUCUCUUUGGUGAAAUCAAACGGACAUUGUUGUGUUAUUCGCUAUUGCGCGUCGAAAAAAUACCGAAAGUGUAAUGCCGACACUCGUAGAGCUUCCGAAACAAUCGAAUAAUCAUUAACGGUCAAAAAUAUUUCUAUAAUCCGUACGAACGCGGCUAUUCGAUUGACGAACGGUAUAGUGUUGUAUUAUCCGCCGGGGCUCAACCGAUUCCCGACCCCUCGCCCCCCCCCCCAAACACACAGCGAUGGUCACCAUAAAAUAGGUACCCACCAUUAUUGGCGAUGAGGUGUUCUUUAAUUCGUACAAUACCGAUUAUUAUUGUAAUUUUUUUCUGACUAAACGUAUUUUGUGUUUUCUUUUCUUUUCACAGACAGUACGUCGACGACUUCCAGCAAGGAUAUCGCGAGGAGAAGAUCCUGAAAUUUGGCCAAAGGCGAAGACCAUCCGAGGUCAGUGCCGAAUUUGACCGGGACACCAAAAAGCCAAGCAGUAUCCAAUAUGGCCACGUCCUGUCCGCUGGGCACCAACAUUGCACUAUGACAAUUCCAUAAACAACAACAACAUGGAAAAAAAAGACUACAGUUAAACUGUUGUCAACAAUGAAAAAUAAUAGUGAGCUCUUGCGUGCGAGAGGGUAAGUGCCGGCACUUUGUUUAGAAAAAUAAUAAAUUAUUUGAUGCGCAUGUCACAUCUUUUAAAAAUUCAAAAUUUGUAUUGUCUUUUGAAUCGAUGCCUCAUGUGUUUUUGGUUUUUAUAAUAGAGAGUAUUUUAAUAUUGUAUAAAUAAUAAUAUAGCUUAUUUUUUAAAUCGAUAUCUAGCCCAUAUAUAACAAUUUUUUAUUAGUUACAUUAUAUAUAUUUGUACAUAUUGUCGAUUAUUGACAGCUUACGGCUUAUCUCAGCAUUAGGGUUUAUUUUUAAUUUUAUUUUUUAGUACUUUAUGAAUACUAUAUACUAUUUUAAAAAAAAAAAAAUAAUAAUAAUAAUGAAGGUACGCGACUAAUUAUAACUUAAGCCUAUCAAUCAAUAUAGGAAACAAGAUUUUGUAUCCUGAAUAUAUUUAAAUUUAUUUUAUUAUAAUUAUAUUAUUGUUGAAAAUGUUUUGAUGUAUUAACAGUGAUCAAAAAAAUGAGGGUUUUUUUAAAAAUUAUUAAGAUGCUAAAUUUGAUAGUGUCAAAUCAGUGAAAAAAAAAAAAAAAAAACACAAAUAAAUGACACAAUUCAAAUGAAAUCAUAUAAGUCCGAUAUAUAUAUAAUUCUAGGCAAGAUUAAAAAUAAUUAUUCGGUAGGCACUUAUUGUUCUUUCUUACCAACCCGCCUACUUUAGCUGAUAAUCGAUAUAAAAUGUCUAAAUAAAUGUAUAUGUAUGUCGUAUGUAAUACAUAUACAUAGUAAUUUAUAUCAAUCUGUAAUUUGGGGGUAAAUGUUUCAUUCGAAAGCUUUUGAUAAUAAAAAAAUAUCACAGAUCAAAUAUUUUUUAAGAUACAAACAAAAUUUAAAUUGUUGUUUGUAUAGGAAAUAACAUUAUAAUUUCGGCUGCAAUAAUUUGUGUAUAUAAUAAUAAUAUAUCUCGCACACCAUAAGUCUGAUUGACCAAAUAAAAAUAACAAAAACAAACAAUAUACCAUAUCACAAUAUUAACAAUAACGAUUAUAUUCUCUUGCAAAUAAUUUAAAUGUAGUUUUCGUUCAUAACGGACAGCAUAUAAUAAUGAUAUGUCCCACCUGGAUACUCAAUAAUAGACUGUACUUAACAUAUAUAUAUUUGUUUCAUUAGGCUGUUAUUAUAUUAUAUUAUUAUCUCAUAAAUGAAAAAUUAUUUUAAUGGGUUGGUAAGUUAAGUCUGAUGCUCUGUUUUGUUUAAUAUAUAAUAGGUAAAAAUUAAUCAACCAUAUAAUCUGUGAUACAUUUGUUACUAUUUUUUUAAGAUAUUCAGCUUUUAUCUGUAUUAAACUAGGUAAAUAGGGUUACUACAACAUGAAAAAAAACCAUAUUUACUAUAUUUACAUUUGGGCGCCGGAUCAUUAAUAUUUCUUCUUUAUUUUCAUAUUAUACGAACCGUAUUAAAUUAACAAUAGCCCAUUUUUUCUCGUCAUAAAUUUUAAUAACGUAUUCUGAAAAAAAAAAACAACAAAUUAAAAUUAAAAAACCUGUCAAAAUACUAUCUACUUUUCAAUUAACUCAUAAAAAUUCUAUCUUAUAUUCACAAUCUAAUCUAAAACUAAUUAUAUUUUAUUUAUAGUAUUAUUUUAUCGCAACUACGAUGGUAAUUCAUUUAAUAUCUUUUUAAUUCGUCUUCGCGCAAUAGUUCAUUUUUUUUUUUUUUUUUUUUAUUACAUUUAAUUAACUGAAUUCGUAAUAAUAAUAAUAAUUGUAAUUACAAUAUGAAACUAAAUUAUUAUUUUUUCAAUAUAUUUAUGAAUAUCAUAUUGAUUCCGACAUAGAAAAAAAAUGUAAUUAAAUUAUACACAACGGCGCCCAAUCCAACAUGAAAAAAACACCACUUGUCUAGAAACCACGAUAUGUUACAAUACUAAAUGUGAUAAUAACUUGUCCUUUCAAAUAUACAUUAUACAAUAGUCAAAAUAAUGUUUGUUACGUUUAAUUAUGUAUUUUGAAGAAAACAAAAAAACUAGUCUUUUUAUUAUUUUUAUUUUAUUAAGUUAUUUUCCUGUCGUGUCUCGAUACCAAAACGAAUGUUAUCACCAGUUUUUUCCAUUAAAACAAAAUCAUUGAAUUAGACUGAUUGAUAGACUAAUUUAUUAUUAUUUUACACAGUAUUAUAACAAUUAUUUUGGAACUUCAAAAAAAAAAAAAAAAAAAAAAAUGUACUUAAAUUAAAAUAAAAAUGUCAACCUACCCAAAAUUAAUAAUAUAUUGUUAUUUUAAACCAUAGUUAUUAUUUAUUACCAAAAAAAAAAAAAAUAUUCAAUUGUUUUCAUUAUCAUUCAUUAUCAACCUUAAUAUUUAUUUUUGUUUUUCUGUCUGUACGCAAAAAAAAAAAAAAGUAAUUCUAAGUCUAUUUUACGUAUAAGUGCCGGAAUAAAAAAAUGUGUUUACAUUUUAAUUUGUAAUAAAACUGUAAUAAUAAAAUAUUAAUUAAUAAAAUAUUAUUUUUUAUUGUUCAA